CCCCCCCCCCAUCCACCCGUUCCACCCCCGCGCCUUCGCAAUGGUGACAUAUGGAAUUAUUACUGCUGAGGAGCUGUUGGUGCUCGGAGCCUCUCGAGACACCGUCACCGUCGCUGUCGUCAGCAUAGGUGCCAACACUUUCGCGUGAAACCGGUCCCGAGCAGCACCACGCAUGAGCACCGCGCUGCAGCCUGUUGGAGCGCGAGCACACCGAGCAGCUGGAGCAGGGGGCAUGGCCACCGCGCGCCACGGUCUGAGGAAAGAGCGUCGGAUGCCAUAAGCAGGAGCACAGAGGGGCAGCAAAGUGGGGGGGCUCGUGAGGAUGCCCACCGGGGCAAACGUGCACUCGUCUCCUGCGGUGGCAGCCAACGCAGAGGGGGAGGAGAUCGAGGUGCUGGAGAGCACGGAUGUUCUCCCAGUAGCUCCUGAAGAUCAGUGGAAGUCUCUGUUUGAUAAGUAUGAUCCAGAGAGUUCGGGAUUCAUCAGUACAGAGCGUUUCAGGGACUUGCUGGAGGCCCAUGGAUCGGAGCUUGACCCGCACAAGCUGGAGGUUCUGCUGGCGCUGGCGGACGGCAAUGCAGACGGAAAAAUCUGCUACCAGGACUUUGUCAACCUGAUGAGCAACAAGCGCUCCAACAGCUUUCGGCGGGCGAUCCUGCAGGGCAGCCGGCAGCUGAAGAACUCCAGUCUAACGGAGGAGGUGGGACUGGGCCUUUCCCAGAGACUGGUCCGACACGUGGCCUAUGAGACGCUGCCCAGGGAGGUGGACCGCAAGUGGUACUUUGACAGCUACACCUACUGCCCACCACCAUGGCUAAUCUUGGCCAUUACCAUCGCAGAGAUGGUGGUGUUUGUGUAUUAUGGGCUACAACUGGACCGUUGGGUGCUGCAGGUCUCCUCUCCGUCCUUCCUGAAGAGCCCUCUACCGUAUCACCCUCAGCGCAGAGCGCAGGCCUGGCGCUACCUCAGCUACAUCUUCAUGCAUGCCGGGAUUGAACACCUGGGUUUGAACAUGGCCAUGCAGCUGCUGGUGGGUGUGCCGCUGGAGAUGGUUCAUGGAGCCGCCCGUAUCGGCCUUAUUUACCUGUGCGGAGUCCUGGCAGGUUCGUUGGCCGUGUCAGUGACUGAUAUGACUGCACCUGUGGUCGGCUCAUCAGGAGGAGUCUAUGCCCUGGUCUCUGCUCACCUCGCCAACGUCGUUAUGAACUGGUCUGGGAUGAAGUGUCAGUUUAAGCUUUUCCGAAUGGCAAUGGCUUUGGUGUGCAUGAGUGUAGAGUUCGGCCGGGCCGUGUGGUUGAGGUUCUACCCCCCAGCCUUCCCUCCAUGUCCCAACCCCAGCUUUGUGGCCCACCUGGGCGGGGUGGUUGUGGGACUGACACUGGGCGUGGUGGUGCUUCAGAACUACGAGCAGCGGCUGCAGGAGCAGUCCCUCUUCUGGAUCUUCUUCUGCGUCUACGCGCUCUUCAUCUUCUGUGGAAUCUUCUGGAACAUUUUUGCCUACAGUCUGCUGGACGUCAAGCUACCUCCAGCGCCGUGAAAAAAAAAGACAGAGGGAGAGGGUCAAUGGGAUGUGUUUGUGUGCGUGUUGUGAGAAGGUGUGUGUAGACUGUACGUGUGUGCUGCCACAUAACCAGUCAUUAUGGUUGGUGGUGGUUUCAGAACCAAAAGCCAAGUACCUCACUCCUGCAGUCUGUGGCUAUGUGUGUGUUAGUGCCUAAAAAUGCAUCAUUGCCAUGUGCUGUCCAAGAAGAAGAAAAACAUGAGAUAUGUAGCAAAACUAGAAAGUGGAGGUGGAGGAUUAAACCCACAAAAACAACAAAACAGGAUCAUCUGAUAGCCUGUUGAUAAAGAGGAGCUUUAACUAGCAAACAAAGCUAAAAGCUAGUAGAUGUAAAUGGAUGUUGUGAGGCUAUUUUCCUUGUACUAUAUGGUGGCUGUUGUUAGAAAUGUUACCAGUACUAUUCAAACUGGGUAGUUGUACAUAGGAAAGUGGGGUAAUGUAACUUUGGCCAGUGUUUCUGAGUGAUUUUAGUCAUGUCUGAUUUCACAGUCAGUUAUUAUUAUACAGUGUGUGUUCCCACAUUCCCAAAUAUAGCCCGGUAAUAUUGUAAGGCAUCUACAGAUAAAAGACUUUCCUGGCUGUUGUAGGGAAACGUAUGCAUUUUCAUGGCAUUUGAAUAUGGCAGUCAUUAAGCUAAACAUGUGAGCGGUGAGAGUACAGUUUUUCAAAUUUUGGACCAGAACUGGCCCAACUGCAGAUCUAGACCAUCCCAGCAACCAAAACGAUCUAUAAAUGUUUAGAAAAAAAAUCAAAGUAAAGUUUUUAAGAGGAUCCAGAAACGUUAGCCUGUAACGUUACAGAUAAAUACUUUCCAGGAACGUUCUAAAAUCAUGUGAGGUAUUAUUGGUUUACAUCAUAAUGUUAUUACAAAUUUCUGACAACCAAAAUGAAACACAAAACUAAUACACUGCACUGACAUCACACUGAUAAAUAAUAUAGCACAUUAAUAUUUACUAAAUGUGACAUAUGUAACAUUUUCCAAACAAAAUAAUUGUAGUUUAUUUAAACACUAAUAGAACAUUUUUGUAUUUACACUAAUAACAAUAUUUUAAAUAUUUUUUCACUGAAUUUGAAACGCCCAAAUUCAACUGUAAGUAUAUAUGAAUAAAUGUUACUGGAACAUUUAAAGAAAAUAUUAAAUUAAAACAUUCUAUGAACUUAAAGAACAUCACAAAGUUUUUACAAAUUUCUCACACAACCAAAAUAGAAAACACUGAAACAAUACAACUAAUACAUUGCACUGACAUCACACUGAUACAUAAUAUUUAAUAAAUGUAAAAUUUGUAACAUUUUCCAAAUGAAAAAAAUGUAGUUAAUUUAAACACUAAUAUAACAUUUUGGUAAUUACACUGAUAAUAAUGUUUUAAAUAUUCCUACAGAAUUUGAAACGUCUAAAUUCAAUUGUAAGAAUAUAUAAAUAAAUGUUAUUGGAAUAUUCAUAGAAAGUAUUAAAUUAAGACAUUCUAGGGACUUAAAGAACACUUGACAGAUUGAAAGUUCUAAGAACCAAUAGAGGUAAUAUAAAAAAAAAAACUUUACUAACUUAAAACUGUUUGCUGGGAUGAUACAUUUGCUUUGUGGGGACAAUAACUGCUUCAACAGGCAUGUUGAUCCUGUUCACUCGUGUUUCUUUAAAUAUGGAAGCACUUGCUUACCGGUAUAUGUUCUGUGGCACCAUAUGCAACCUACUAUAAAUAUAAAACAUUUACAUACAACGAGAAAAAACGUUCUAAUUUAUGUGCUGAUGAUUACUAUUGGCUGCAUAUUCGCAAGCUUAUGGAAUUGCUAACAACAUGUUAAAACUACUUCUACUACUGCUAAUAAUAAUAAAUAAUAAAGGUUUGCUUUUUAUUAGCAGCCAAACAGAUGUGUGUAGUGUGGGAACAAUGCACAAAUCCUUCUAGCUACAAAGGUAAAGUCGUUCUGCGGAAGAGUUACAUUACCUCUCCUCCUCAUGUAACACUGAUUUCGUCCAUACAGUAAUUACUGUUUUUUGGCUUUAAAAGUGGUUCUACCACCAAUAUAAUCCCAUAUUUCUGUCCCCAGUGAUUCCACAGCCAUGAAUGUUAGCCUGCAUGGCAUCUGCUAGUUGACAUAACAGAAUUAGCAAUUGGCAUUCUCCUUCAAGCAUGUUAAGCUCCAGUGGUGUUGCCUUUCCUGCGGCAGUAAAACGAUGUGGUGGAGCUUUAAGUGUCGUGGAGAUAGCGCAUGCUAGUUUUGGUAGCAUUAAUGUGGUAAAGAGAUUUUGAGGUUGUGGGAGGACUGGAUACGACUACAGUGGGAAUAAGAACUUUAAACAGCUACUAUUUUAAAAUGGUGAGAAGCACAUAAGUCAUAUUACAACCAAGUAGCUAAAUAAUCACUGCUGCUAGCUUUAAGGUUUAGCCUUUAGCUGGCUGUGUGCUAUCCAGCUACCUGCUCCAUAAAACUGAUCUUAGACAUAUGUUCCUUCGUCCAAUUCCAACUGAAAGUACUGAAAGUGGAGUGGUAAUGUAUUACACCAGCUCUAAUAUUCAGUAUUCAGAGAGAAAACACACAUUAGCACACACAACGUUGCUUCAUACCCUGAGGGUUCAGCUACAUAGCUAUAUUUAAAGACGUGAGUUUGUGUUAGCAGCAAGUCUGUAGGAAAGACCAGUGUUUCAGAGCUUGACUUUAUAGUGAACGUUAUAUUUUUCUAAGUGACGUGAGAAAGAGAGAUUGCUACUGUACCUCCAGUGUUUUGUUUUUUAUUUAUUUCAAUAUUGCCAAAAAUGGUUUCAACUAAGUUUCAACAAUUAAUAACCACAAUUCCAGUAUUAGGGACUAAUUAUUAGUCAUAAUAACCAUUGUUCUAACAAAGAUGUGAAUAUUUAAGUCAUACAUUUCAUUAAAACAUAUAAAUCUGUUCCGGUUGCUGCACUGAAACCAGUUAAAGGGGCAUUCUCACCCUUUUAUAAGCAUAUUUUCUUGUUAAAAAAUAACAAAACCACUAUUCAACGAUUGACGAAUUGAAACAAGAUGUGCUUUGGGGCAUACACUUAUAAAUAUUAUUUUUUGUUUGUUUGUUUGUUUGUUUGUUUGUUUUUUUCCCCCACUAGCUGGCCAAUUCAGAACAAAAUCAUCAACAUCAUAUUUACAGUGCUGUGAAAAAAGUAAUUACGUAUUUUCAAAUCUUCUAUUGUUGCAUAUGUAUUAUAUGCAUAUUCAAAUGUUUUGGAUCAUUCGGCUAAUUGUAAUAUGAGAAGUACAACAAUAGUAAACAGCUUUUAAUUAUUCCAUUUAUUGAAGAUAAAGAUUUAUUGCAAACCUAAAUUCAGUUGACAGAUGCAUUUAGUUUUAGUAGCCACACCCAGACAUGAUUGCUGUCAGACCUGUUUAAACUUAAAGUGACAGUCUGUAAGUUUAGGAGAUUCAGAAACAUCUGUGGUGAAAAUGUGUAAUUGCACCAAGCAUGCUGAAAAGUACUUUUAAAAUGUGCUUUGUGCUGAGGUCUUCUUUCAAAGAGGAUGAAUGUUGUGAUUUUAGCGAGGACUCUGUUGUGCUCCCUUUUACCUUGGCAGCUCUCUUUGAUUAUAAUUCUACCUUUCUGAUAUUUCCAAGUUUGCAGUAUGUCCUGUAGCAACGCUGCAGUAAUCAGCAAAAUCUGUUGUAAAGACGUGGUGUGGCCAGAAAAACUUUUGGGAAAACCUACCAGAACACUCUGUUUUCUAGAAUGAAUAUAAUUGGCUCUGCAGGGAUGGUCACAGAAGCACAUUGAUGACAUUUAUUAGAAUGUAGUUUGUCCUUCCCAACUUAGGAAUGCUACUGCUUUCAACGUAAAUUAAAAAAUCUUAAGGACUGCAGCUUUAAGUAGAACUUGUCUGGAAUAUAAAGCAACAAUAGAUUCUAUUUUAUAGUCUGCUUCUUCACAGCACUGUAUUACCCUCUGUAUUGAUUUGAACCAAAAAUCAAUUUAUUUAUUUAUGCCAAAAAAGAAAAAUCCAUCAAGCCAAUGUUCGAUGUACUCCACAUAUUAACAUAUUACAUGCUAGUUUUAGGUCGAAAUGCCCCUUUAACAAUGGCGAAUGUAACAGACUGGCUUUCAUGCACAAUUACAACACAACACUCAAGCCAGUGUACAUGUGAUAUAGCAUAUGUUACAGUAUAUAUCUGUUUAUAUAUAGCUGUAGUCGUCAGGCAGACCGUGACUGUGUCAGAGAUAACUCAAAUAAUUGGUAUCGUGUGAAGUCCCUUGCUAAUGAAGUGUGUGUGUGUGUCUCUGUGUUCUAUACAGAUGGUGCUAGUAUAAUUUUGAACUGGUUGUUGAGUCUCCAUGCCUUUUAGUGACUGAUUUAAGAUCAGCUCCCAUUAGGUCUAUGCACAACCGUCAUUUUAGCACAACAGAAACAAAACUGACAAAGAAAAGCCUGAUAAGCGCUCAGCCUCCUCAAACUAGUGUGCGAGUACAGUUUCUGUCAAGCUAACAGGACAAAAAAAAGCUAAUCCCAGCUAACCUCAGUCAUAAAGGCUCAAGUAUCGAGUGCUUUCUCUCAUGUUACUCUGCUGUUCAUGCUCUGAAGAGAUGUGGUAUAUUUUAAACGUAAGUGUUGAAGCUACUUUCGAAAUGCCAAUCUACUGCGUUAGCGUGCAGCGCUGUGCUAACCUGGCUACUGAACCCAGUGACGAUCUGAGGCUAUGCACUAAGGGCUUACACAGCGCUGACUGAGAGGAUGCUCACUGAAUAUAUAUUUUAACAUGCAUAUUUUGUAGAUUUGAUAUGUAAAUAUGAAUUACAUUAAACAGUUUUAUGAUGGAAAAUAA